AUGACUGAAGGAGAACCGCUGAUGAAUCCUCCACAAAGAUGCAAUGCUGCGGACGAGAACAGUCCCAUUUCUGCUUGUCCCAAGGCCUGGGUGGAGCCAACGUUUACACUUGCCGCCAGGGUCCGGGUGGUCGUCACCGGCUGCUUCUUCGUGUUUGCGACUUGCAGCAACGCCGUCGUCUUCGCCAGCGUGGUGAGGAAGCGGCACAAGUCCCACGUCCAGCUGCUCAUUCUGAGCUUGACCGUGGCGGACUUGCUGGUCACGGUGGCUGUCAUGCCCUUGGACGCCGUGUGGAAUGUCACCGUCCAGUGGUACGCGGGGGACGCUCUCUGCAAAAUGCUGAACUUCCUCAAGCUCUUUGCCAUGUACUCUGCCGCCCUGGUGCUGGUGGUGAUCAGCUUAGACCGGCACGCAGCCAUCCUGCACCCCUUCUCGUUCGCUAAUUCAAGCCACCGGAAUCGUGUCAUGCUCUGCAUUGCCUGGAUUCUAAGCAUCUUGCUGGCCUCUCCCCAGCUCUUCAUCUUUCGCCUUCACACCAUCCCAGAGGUCAACUUCACCCAAUGUGUGACGCAUGGGAGCUUCCAGGAACACUGGCAAGAGACCACCUACAACAUGUUCACCUUCGCGACGCUCUACGUCACCCCGCUGAGCGUCAUGAUCAUUUGCUACGUCCGCAUCUUGUUUGAGAUCAGCAAGCAGCUGAAAAUAAAUAAAGGUCUUGCCAGAGGCAAAGAUGACCACAUCUCCAAGGCCCGCAUGAAGACGCUCAAAAUGACUAUUGUGAUCGUGGCUUCUUUCAUUGUCUGCUGGACUCCUUAUUAUCUUCUGGGCUUGUGGUACUGGUUCCAGCCCGACAUGAUCAGUCGGAUGCCGGAAUACAUCAACCACUUCCUGUUCCUUUUCGGCCUGUUGCACACCUGCACCGACCCCAUAAUUUAUGGGCUAUACACCCCAUCCUUCCGAGAGGAUAUGAAGACGUGCCUCCGGGGCCUUGAGCUGGCAGUGACCCGCCAGGAGAGGCACAAACUUGCCUCCGUUUCUGAGAAGAACAGAGAUUAUCACGACAGCGGGGUGGCCCCUUCGAGUGUUUCCAACGGGGGAAGUCUGAACACGGUCUGCUAG